AGCCACAUACAGGAGAGGAGAAACCCUGGGCUACAACUGCACGCCAGAUGAAACGCCAGCAAGGACUUCGUCACACUAAGAUAGAUUUUGCAAGGGCCACAAGUAUAAAUUACGAAGCAGAGAUGACUAUCAAACAACUUCCAGCGGUUUGCACCUAGAGAAAGGCAGGAAGAACCCAGGACAAACACGCCGGCCCACUCUAAACAACGACUCCAGUAGGGCGCGAGGGAAACUGCGAGCCCCGGGAAGAGAGGAGGCCGCUGAGAACGCGGGCGUCGGCCGACGUGGGCGCGGGCGCGGCCAGCAGCUCUGCGGGCAUUAAUUACACCCUUCACUUUCCAUCUGCGGGAGGGCGAGGAGGGAGGGAUCACCUAUGCUGCGGGAAGACGUCCUUCCCACCGCGAGGCGAGAGAGAAGUUCAAGAAUGAACCACUGAAUGUUUCGCUUUUAUUUAAAAAUUUUCUUUGGCACUUAAAAAGACUUUAUUUCCAGAUUAUCUCAGCAAUCUUGGCUACUGCAGACAUCUAAACCUAACCUCUUGGUAAUCUGAAAAAUUCCCCCCCUCAGCACCCCACCUCUCCUUCAUGCGGUUAUCUUCAUUUUGGUUCAAGAUAGCAAAAAAGUCUCAGCGGGUACUUCUAUUAUUUUUUUAAACCACAUUCUAAUUUCCUACGGAAGGAAGAAAAAGAAAAAGAGUUCAAGGAAGGGAAAGACCCCGCGGGCCGGCCAUAGCCCCAGCCGGCAACGAGGAGCAGGGCGCGAGAGCCAGCGGGGUCCGGGGAGCGCACCGCCUCUGUCCAGCGCCGCAGGGCCACCACGAGCGCCUGAGCCUUGGAUCCCUCAACGUACUGCGAGACGCCGGUGUACAGCCCGGACCUGUGCCCCAACAUGAUCGCCGCCCAGGCCAAGCUGGUGUACCAGCUCAACAAAUACUACACGGAGCGCUGCCAGGCGCGCAAGGCGGCCAUCGCCAAGACCAUCCGGGAGGUCUGCAAGGUGGUGUCGGACGUGCUCAAGGAGGUGGAGGUGCAGGAGCCGCGCUUCAUCAGCUCCCUGAGCGAGAUCGACGCCCGCUAUGAGGGGCUCGAGGUCAUCUCGCCCACCGAGUUCGAAGUGGUGCUCUACCUGAACCAGAUGGGCGUCUUCAAUUUCGUGGACGACGGCUCGCUGCCCGGCUGCGCGGUGCUGAAGCUGAGCGACGGGCGCAAGCGGAGCAUGUCGCUCUGGGUGGAGUUCAUCACGGCCUCCGGCUACCUCUCGGCGCGCAAGAUACGCUCGCGCUUCCAGACGCUGGUGGCCCAGGCGGUGGACAAGUGCAGCUACCGCGACGUGGUCAAGAUGAUCGCCGACACCAGCGAGGUCAAGCUGCGCAUCCGAGAGCGCUACGUGGUGCAGAUCACGCCGGCGUUCAAGUGCACGGGCAUCUGGCCUCGCAGCGCGGCGCAGUGGCCCAUGCCCCAUAUCCCCUGGCCCGGCCCCAACCGCGUGGCCGAGGUCAAGGCCGAAGGGUUCAACUUGCUCUCCAAGGAGUGCUACUCGCUCACCGGCAAGCAGAGCUCGGCCGAGAGCGACGCCUGGGUGCUGCAGUUCGGGGAGGCCGAGAACCGCCUGCUGAUGGGCGGCUGCAGGAACAAGUGCCUGUCGGUGCUCAAGACGCUGCGGGACCGUCACCUGGAGCUGCCCGGGCAGCCGCUCAACAACUACCACAUGAAGACCCUGCUGCUGUACGAGUGCGAGAAGCACCCCCGGGAGACGGACUGGGAUGAGGCGUGCCUGGGAGACAGGCUCAACGGCAUCCUGCUGCAGCUCAUCUCCUGCCUGCAGUGCCGCCGCUGCCCGCACUACUUUCUGCCCAACCUCGACCUCUUCCAGGGCAAGCCCCACUCGGCCCUGGAGAGCGCUGCCAAGCAGACCUGGAGGUUGGCCAGGGAAAUCCUCACCAAUCCCAAAAGCCUGGACAAACUAUAGGGAGCUGGGGCUGCUGGAAACCCCAACACACAGCAAGACGCGCGCGCAGCAACAAGAGAGCCGAAACUCUGGACACAAACUUUUAUGGAAAUCACCUGAAUGGAAAGGGGCAGUCUGGCAGAAGCCUUCCUUAAUGAAGAAGCAGACAAAAGAGAGCAAACCAACCAAAAAAAAAAACAAUAUUGCACAAAAAUUUCCUUCCAAACAAUGUGAAUUUAAAGCUCACACAAAAGAAGCAACGGAGCUUUGCCAUCACAGAAUGAAACCCAAGGUACAUUUUCAAAUCCAUGUAUAGUAGCUUCCCCCUUUUCCCUCUUCACCCACCCCCUCCUUUUUGUUUUGGGUUGCCUGAAUGGUUGUCACCAAGUGAAAAAGUUAUUUAACUAUUUGUGAAAUUUCUUUUUAAAAAAGUUUUACUGAUGUGAAAUGUAUCUCAGUGCCAAUGUCAGUGUGCCUCUCCCUCCUCUCUUGCACCUCUACCCUAACCCUGAGAUGUCUUGUUGAAACCAGUAAUAAAAAUAUUAC